AUGGAGGGCCUUCCACCGCCGUCCAAAGCACCACCUUUCCCUAUCGUAACAGCUGAGCAGAGGUCAGUUCUGGGAGUUGCAAUUGCCUUCGCCAUCAUUCCGGCACUGGCGGUUAUGUUGCGUAUGCUUGCUCGACACUUUGCGAACAGAUCAUUGGAUGCAAGUGACUAUUAUAUUAUCGUCGCAUGUAUAUUUGCGGUAGCUUUGGAGUCCAUCAGUAUCACCGGCGUCAUCCAGUGUGGCAUUGGAUAUGGACACACAGUACAAGUGAUCCAGGAAUACGGACUCGAACCCAUCACAAAGCUUCUAAAGCUACUCAUCCCGCUCCAAUUCCUCUGGGUUCUCAGUCUAAGUUUCUGCAAAGUGUCCAUCCUCAUGCUUUACUCCAAGGUAUUCCCUGUACGGACUGUUAUCUGGGUAGGAAGAGGCGCCAUGGUGUUCAUCGCUGCAUGGGCAAUCGCGACCAUUGUCGCAGGCUGUGUCAUUUGCCGUCCCUUCGCCUUUAACUGGGACCAGACAAUCCCCGGUGGAAAAUGUGGUGACCAGGUCCUCUCCUUCACCAUUACCGGUGUCUUUAACCUUGUCACCGACAUCUUGGUGUUGUGCCUCCCCUUACCAUACCUGGCUAAGCUGCAGAUGCAGUUGUAUAAAAAACUGGUCCUGAUUGGCGUGUUCAGCAUUGGUCUUCUAACCUGCGUCGUCAGUGCUGUCCGCAUCCACACACUUUCCUCUAUGGACUUCGCAGAUAUUACCUACUCCAUUCCCCCAGCAAACAUCUUCUCCGGCCUCGAACCCAGCGUAGCUGUCACCCUAUCCUGCAUCCCGCUCUUACGGCCUCUGUUACAGCGCCCCAAGUAUGGUUCCGGCAGCAGCACAAGCUACCCUGCCAAUUCCACGGGCGCGUCGAAAAAUAGCGGGCCCGGUGGUGGCGGCGGCUUCGAACAACUGAAUGAUAACAGCUCGCAGUAUCAGCUGAGGCCGGUUGCGGGCAAACAUUUCGCUGCGGUCAGUUCCUCGAAAAAGCCUGCGUCCAGCGGGCAUGACAGUAGCGAUCUAGAGAGCAAUGAGGUGGGCGGCAUUACUGUCCACGAACAUUGGCACGUGGCGACUGAAAGAUAG